AUGACCUCGAAGACGUCCUUACGCAAUGCCCAACUUUCAUUACCAAUAAUCAACAUCACACCUUACUUCCUGCAACCAUCUCCUGAGGUUGAAAUCCAAAGAGCCACCGUAUCAGCAGCUGUCCACGCUGCAUGUCGAGAUUUUGGUUUUUUUUAUCUCGAUAUCUCUGCGAUCUCUGAUCCCAGAGAACCUGAAGAAUUGACUGAACUGGCACGACGAUUCUUUCAUUCUUCGCAAGAGGACAAAGACAAACUUGCGUUGAGCAAUCAGGAUUACGCACGAGGUUAUGCCAGGCUCAAAGAGAAUGUUACCAAUGGCAAGGCCGAUAACCACGAGGGUAUCGACUUUUAUCGACCAGUAGACAAUCCCGAUAAGACCAAACCACUUUGGGGAGAGAAUCAAUGGCCGACGGUGCCUCUAUUCAGGGAACGAUACGAAACCUGGGUCGAAAAGAUGAAGAUGCUGGGCUUGAUUGUCAUGGAGGCGAUGGCGGUCGGGUUGGGAAUGACUCCAGACGAAUGGCAGGAGCUCCGCACUGAGGUCGAUGAUAGCUUUUGGGUUAUGAGAGCUAUAGGAUAUCCACCACUUCCGAAUGAUUAUGAUGGCUUUUCAUGUGGCGCUCACAAAGACUAUGGAUGCUUAACAUUCCUGUAUGCGGAUCCUACCCUCGGAGCCUUACAGGUCUUUCUCCGGCGCUCUGAAGUCGGCCCCGAUCUCUCUGGCUUGCCUAUAGAACAGGGCGACGAAGAAGGGGUUUGGAUAAACGCGGAUCCCAAACUAGGCUGUGUGGUCUGUAAUAUUGGAGAAAGGGAGAUUUGGUCUAAUGGGUUAUACAAUUCCACUCUCCAUCGUGUCGUUCACAGAGGUAUCAACUAUCGAAUUCCAUUCUUCUUCGAACCGAAUUUCGACGCGCUGAUCAAACCUUUGGAAGCUGCCCUUCGGAUACAACAACAGGAAACGACAACGCUUCCAGGGAAUGCGCGAAAGGUCAAAGAAUACAAGCCAACGGUGUACGGGGAAUUUCUCUUGACGAAAGUCAGCAACAACUUCGCAAACGGAAAAGGAAAAUACGACGAUUAA